AUGUCAGAUGACCCCGCGACCCCCCAAACACCAAAGGUGAGUCCAAAGACUCGAAUUGAAGCAAAAAGGGCGCACAGGUCAAAUGACCCCGCUACCCUCCAAACACCAAAGGCGACUUCAAAGACUCGCAGUGAAGCAAAGAGGGCAGGCACGUCAGACAACCUCGAGACCAUCCAAACACCAAAGUCGAGUCUAAAAACUCGUGGUGAACCAAAAAGGGCAUGCAAGCUCGAAGACCCCACAACCCCGCAAACACCAAAAACAAGUCCAAAGAAUUGCGGUGAGGCAAAAAGGGCACACAUGUUAGAUGACCCUACGACCCCCCAAACACCAAAGUUGAGUCCAAAGACUCAUGGUGAAACAAAAAGGGGGCCUAGAUCAGAUACCCUCGACCCCCCAACACUGAAAUUGAGUCCAAGGACUCACGGUGAACCAAAAAGGGCACCCAGGUCAGACAACCCCACGACCCCCACAGACCAAAGGUGA